AUGAAAAUAGUAAAUAUUCGCUUGGAAAAUAAUAAUACAAGCAAAACAUGCAAUUAUGGCGAAGAACUAAGUAUACUUGUACUUAGUACCGGUACUUUACUGCAUUGUACUAAAGUACGCUUGUGCUUAGUACCAACACUAGGUUGGACGCGUUUUGGCAUCAAAGUUGCUGAAAAUGAAAACGAAUUUGAAAGGAAAUGGGGCCACUGGUAUGUGGCAUAUCAUGGGACAAAAUCGAACUUUGCUGAUUUAAUUUUGAGUUCCGGUCUAAAGACAGGUCCAGGAUGUUGGGCUGCAGGAGAAACGGUUGUCUAUGUCAGCCCCAGCAUUGAAUAUUGUGCACAUCCACGAUAUGCUGAACCUUGGAACAAUCCAAAUAAUAAUGGAAAAUAUCAUCAGCUUGUCUUUCAAUGUCGUGUCAAUCCUAAGUGUCUAAAUUCUGAUAAUACCCGUCCGGAAACUUUAUUAAGAGAUAAGAAUGUUCAAAUCGAUAAAAAUUUUUCUAACAAGGAAUUGGAAUGGGUUAUUCGACCGCCAUCACAGGAUAUCCAAUACAUAACCGAUGACAUCAUCUGCUACGGUCUCAUGCUGCGAACAGCUGAUGGCCACCCUGAGCAGUUACCAUCGUCUCAUUGGUGGAAAUCCUGA